AUGUUGGACAUAAGCGUGGCCGGCAAGCAAAAAACGAUGACCAGUAUAUCGGCGACCGCCAAGUUGACGAUAAAAAAAUUGGUAACGGUUCGCAUACGAGGCGACCGGAAAACGACGGCAAUAACGAAAAAAUUGCCUACCAAACCGACUGCGAACACUAAAAGGCCAAAGAAAGAUCAGUGCUCACUUUGCUUAUCCUUCAAAGAGGGAGACGCUGCUAUUAAAGAAGAUUUAAAAGAUAAAUACGAGAAACACAUUUUAGAGAAACAACUAGUGAGACAGAAAAAAAGUGAAAGUAAAGAAAAGGCAAAGACUGAUUCAGAUAUCCUUUGCGCGGUUUUUGAUCUUCAACAGAAUGUAGCCACCAGAGAAUGUUCCUGCUUUGUCUGGGACGAAACAAACGGGAAACGUGGGUCGACUGAAAUUGCAACUUGUCUAUUCAAAGCAAUUGGCCAAUACGUCGGAAAAGGAGUACAUACCAUAGAACUCUUCUGUGAUGGGUGCUACGGCCAGAACAAACAUUCGGUUGUAGCAUCCAUGUUGCAGUAUUCGUUGGCAAAAUACUAUUAA